AUUGACCAAUGUUCAAGCCUAUUGGUAAAAGCACUCCAGACUCGCGCACUCUGAUUGGCUGGGCUGAAGGCCCAGUCCUCCUCCCCUUUGAGGCAUGGGCGCUCUAGGCUCCAGGAGUCCGGGAGCUGCUCCGGCCCCGGCGCGGAGUGGCGGCCUCCGGAGCGGCGGCGGCGGCGGCAGGAUUCCCAGGAGCCAUGUUGUCAGAAGUCCUACUGGUGUCUGCUCCGGGGAAAGUCAUCCUUCAUGGAGAACAUGCCGUGGUACAUGGCAAGGUAGCACUGGCUGUAGCCUUGAACUUGAGAACAUUUCUCCGGCUUCAACCCCACAGCAAUGGGAAAGUGGACCUCAGCUUACCCAACAUUGGUAUCAAGUGGGCCUGGGACGUGGCCAGGCUUCAGCUACUGGACACAAGCUUUCUGGAGCAAGGUGAUGUCACAACACCCACCCCAGAGCUCGUGGAGAAGCUGAAGGAGGUUGCAGGCUUGCCUGACGACUGUGCUGUCACCGAGAGCCUGGCUGUGCUGGCCUUUCUUUACUUAUACCUGUCCAUCUGCCGGAAGCAGAGGGCCCUGCCGAGCCUGGAUAUCGCAGUGUGGUCAGAGUUGCCCCACGGGGCGGGCUUGGGCUCCAGCGCCGCCUACUCGGUGUGUCUGGCAGCGGCCCUCCUGACUGUGUGCGAGGAGAUCCCAAACCCGCUGAAGGAUGGAGAUUGCGUUAACAGGUGGACCAAGGAGGAUUUGGAGCUAAUUAACAAGUGGGCCUUCCAAGGGGAGAGAGUGAUUCACGGGAACCCCUCUGGAGUGGACAAUGCUGUCAGCACCUGGGGAGGAGCCCUCCGUUACCAACAAGGGAAGAUUUCAUCCUUAAAGAGGCCGCCGGCUCUCCAGAUCCUGCUGACCAACACCAAAGUCCCUCGCAAUACCAGGACCCUCGUGGCUGGCGUCAGAAACAGGCUGCUCAAGUUCCCAGAGAUCGUGGCCCCACUCCUGACCUCGAUAGAUGCCAUCUCCCUGGAGUGUGAGCGCGUGCUGGGAGAGAUGGGGGAGGCUCCAGCCCCAGAGCAGUACCUCGUACUGGAAGAGCUCAUUGACAUGAACCAGCACCAUCUGAAUGCCCUUGGUGUGGGCCACGCCUCUCUGGACCAGCUCUGCCAGGUGACCAGGGCCCGCGGACUUCACAGCAAGCUGACUGGUGCAGGCGGUGGCGGCUGUGGCAUCACACUCCUCAAGCCAGGGCUGGAGCAGCCAGAGGUGGAGGCCACGAAGCAGGCCCUGACCAGCUGUGGCUUUGACUGCUGGGAAACCAGCAUCGGUGCCCCCGGUGUCUCCAUCCACUCAGCCACCUCCCUGGACAGCCGAGUCCAGCAAGCCCUGGAUGGCCUCUGAGAGGAGCCCACGACACUGCAGCCCCACCCAGAUGCCCCUUUCUGGAUUAUUUUGGGGGCUGCAAUUCGCCCUUGUGCUGCCCAGUGGGCGCCCAGCUCCUGACACUGCUGGAGAGGCCUCAGCCGCUUGGUGAUGCCGGCCGAGCUCUGCAGUCCCAGCGGUGGGACCUACAGAGGCAUGGUCUGCGCUCUGCAUCCUCUGAAGCCAGCUGAGCAGGAGGCCUAGGAGGGUCCUCUGAGGCUCCAGACCUGAGACAGAGAGGCUGCUUUCCCAAAGCUCCCACAGUCCCAUCUGCUUCAGGCCCUCGCCUUGGCCCGUGUUCUCCCUGGCCGCCUGGGUCGGAUGCUCAGAUGCUGGGGCCCGGUUCCCGGAGAAAUGUGCCUUCUAUCUCCCUCUGCAGGGACCGCCCCCGUCUCUCAGAGCCAGGCCUCCCCCUCCUCCUCCAGGAAGCCUUCCCCUACCCCUUGUCCCCCCUCCCUCCCAGAGCACCUGCUGUCUGGGUAGCUCACUCAGCACUUGCUGUGGCCUUCCCUUCUACCUAGCGGGACGGGGCUCCCCCAGGGGCUGUCCUGGAGGCCGUGGGCCUGGUUAAAUAAGGCAGGGUCCAUGUGCAGUUUCUUCCAAUCUGUACCUGAGAGGUUUGUGGAAAAGAAAGCAAAGAGGGAAUAAAAAGAUUGUGUGUCAACAGUA